AUGGAUACGAUAUCGUCAGGCUUCCGUUGUAUAGUUGUACUGACAUUCGACUUUCUAGGCCCCAUUCGCCAAUACAUGCGCUCUCCUCCCGAGUCACUGCAGCAUGCACUCUCGACCAACUUCAAGUAUCCUGACCCGGACGUAUCACUCGAAGAAGCACUUCUGCAGACCAAGCUUAAACAACAACAGCAAGCGAACAUCAAUGGAAACAGGCCGCCCAUCGCCCCGCAGAGCCAGAUCCCUAAACCAGAAGACAAGGACUCGCCCGAAUAUAAGAAGAAAAUAGCUAUGCACACGCUCCCGGUCUUGGAGACGACAGAUAAUUCUCAGAAUUAUGGCAUGCAGGAAUCACUCUUCACCUCGUUAAAGGACAUUUUCGAAUCUAUAGCUGCGAGCCAGGAGCGUAUGGGCGUGGUCAGACCGCAACACUUCUUGGAUGUCCUGCGGCGGGAAAACGAGAUGUUCAGGACGGCUAUGCACCAGGAUGCCCACGAAUUUCUUAACCUGUUACUAAACGAGGUGGUAUCCAAUGUUGAAGCUGAAGCAAGGCGGACGUCAAUGCUGGAAGCAGAUGGCGAUUCAGAAUCAAGUACACCAACGUCCACCUCUGUUGCAACUACACUCGCCACGUCCGUCGGCGCAAAAACUCCUUACAACACUCGCUGGGUGCACGAGCUAUUCGAAGGCAAAUUAACCUCCGAAACAGAAUGUCUUACCUGUGAAAAGAAAUCACAACGUGAUGAGGUGUUUCUUGACCUCUCAGUCGACCUGGAGCAACACUCGUCGGUGACUUCAUGCCUACGGAAAUUCUCGGAAGAAGAAAUGCUUUGUGAACGCAACAAAUUUCACUGUGAUAACUGCGGAGGUUUACAGGAAGCUGAGAAAAGAAUGAAGAUAAAGCGCCUGCCCAGGAUAUUGGCUUUGCACCUGAAACGGUUCAAGUACACGGAAGAUCUGCAGAGGUUACAGAAGCUGUUCCAUCGUGUGGUAUACCCUUACUACUUACGGCUUUUCAAUACCACGGAUGAUGCUGAGGAUCCGGACCGCUUGUACGAGCUCUACGCUGUUGUUGUGCAUAUCGGCGGCGGUCCGUACCACGGCCAUUAUGUGGCAAUCAUAAAAACAGAGGACAGAGGAUGGCUACUUUUCGAUGAUGAGAUGGUCGAGCCUGUAGACAAGAGCUAUGUGCGGAACUUCUUUGGUGACAGACCAGGCCAGGCGUGCGCAUACGUCUUAUUCUACCAAGAGACAAGCUUUGAGGCCAUGCAAAGGGAACUGCAGAGCGAGCGAAUGGCUGCAAGGGCAGCGGACGCAGACCUCGCGCCUACAGCCUCUGUGGAUUUAAAAACCGCCGCGUCACCAUCAGACAUCAGCCGUGUUCGCAGCGCAGUACCCCAGCUUUCCGGCACGGAAAACUCCCCCCCCAACUCCUUCAAUCCUAUCAAGCAAAUCCCCAGCGCGCCACAACUGUCUACAAUAGGUGAUCCACCGCCCAGUGCCCUUCCUGCUACAACAGCAAUCGCUCAGUCACCCAUCACUCCCAUAUCAACUCCUAUAUCGACUUCUAACAAACUCCCUCUCUCCUUGCCUCGUAUCCCCCUAAUGUCUCGAACUCCUGACCGUGCCGCUGAAAUACAAUCCAAAAAGGAGCGAGCACGAGAAGAAAAGGAUCGUAAGGCCCAGGAGCGGGAAAAAGAAAAGCAGAAACGCAAGGAAUUGGAGAAAGCCGAGGCUCGUCAAAGAGAGCUAGCGAAAAAGGAGGAGCAGCUGCUCAAGUCCGCUCUAGACGCGAGUAAACUUACAGCCAAGGAGGAGAAAAGGAAACUGUCGUCUGAGAGAAAAAGGAUAUCAUCAGAGGCAGCAGCUGAAAGAACGAGAAAUGAUGGUAUGAAUGGGAAGGAUAAGGAAAACGGACAUAGCAACGGAAACGGCAAUGGAACUGCCAAUGGGAUUGCCGGGGGUUUUACAAAUGGUAUCAAUGGCAUAGCUGGCGGACUGGGGAAGCUGAAGAUAGGUGGCCGAACCCUCAGCUACAGCCGGAAGCACAAGGACAACAAGGACAAGGAAAAAGACAAAGUCCCUGAUCUCCCAGCACCUAACGCGCUGAACGGCAGCGCAGCGGCCUUUGAUUUUACAUCAUCAACUAAUGACCCUCAACAGGUUCUUGCUAUAGGUCAUCACACUGAUACAUCCUCUAGCCCGGUUACUGAUGCGGAACAGCAACAACGGCUUGCCUCUAGGGUGCCCGAACAGCUUAAUCAAUACGAAACCUCCCCACAGACACUUACAUCACUGCCUCAGCCCCCUCCACAGCCUCUUUCACCCCAGAAACAACCUACCACACGACGGAGCAGAUUCAGCUUACGCAAGAAAUCAUUUAGCGUGCUCUAA